AUAUUAAAUUUGUCUCUAUAUAAUCCUCAGCUCGCAUCGUUCGAUCCCAUAUGAUGCCCCUUUUCCUUCUCUCUUUCUCCCAAAAUCGGAUCUUGCACUUUUUGUCUCCACCCUCAAUAAAGUACCUAAACAAAAGAGGAAGAAAAGAGAUCUCUCCUUCCUCUCUCCUUCCUCUUCUUCGUCUUCCUUAUCUCUGCCUCUCUCUCUCUCUCUCUCUCUCGACUGCGCAGAAGAUGGGCACUGGUUGGAGAAGAGCAUUCUGCACGACCAUCCCUCGAGACCGAGAAUCCAAGGCUCUCGAGAAGCAGCACCAGCGGAAGAGUAUCAGCCCAGGCCCCAGCCCUCGUAAAUGCGCCGCCGCCAAGCUAGGGUUCUUGUCCGGCGGGAGCAACCCCACCACGCCGCGAGUGCAGGCUCACCGCGAACCUCCGCCUCCCUCUUCUUCAACCCCGAGCCUGCUCCGAUGCCGAACGGCUCCAGGAUCGUCUCCGGCUGCCGGCACAGCGAGCGUGAGCCACAGCGAGACCCCGAGGCUCGAGUGCAAGACCUCCACUCCCAAGUCGACGAAGAUGACGCCCAAAUCGCUGCCUGGCUCCAACUCUUCGUCUCCGCGGUCUCCGCUCAAGUUGUCUUUCUUCAAGAACAGCUUCAAGUUCAGAACCACGUGCGGGGUGUGCUUCGGCAGUGUCAAGACAGGCCGCGGCGCGGCGAUAUACACAGCGGAGUGUAGCCACGCCUUCCACUUCGCCUGCAUCGCCGCCCACGUCCGGAAGCACGGGGCGUUGGUCUGCCCCAUCUGCAACGCCUCCUGGACCGACGUCCCCUUGCUCUCCAUCCACAAGGACCUCCACCGCGGAGAUUCUCAGCCACACUUAGACCCACCACAGCCAUCGCCACGGGCCGAAUCAGUCAAGCUCGAGGACAAGAAGAUGAUCGAAUCUUUUGCUUCACCCAGAGCCGCGAGACCUACCACGCCAAAAUUGCCAGAACCGGUUUCGCCUAAGUUGGCCUACUCGAGAUGCUACGACGAUGACGAGUCCCUGCUGUCCCCCAAGUACGGGGCGAGAUUCGUUCCGAUCGACGAGGGAGAAGGAGAAGAAGGAGAAGAGCAAGAGGAGGAGGUUGAAGAGUUUCAGGGGUUCUUCGUCAACCCGACUCCGUCGUGCGCCGACGUUUCGCAAAUGACGAAUUCCAAAGACUCGACGCACGUCGACGUGAAGAUCUUGCCUCAGUCCGCCGUCGUCUCCCUGUCCAAGAGCUGCGCCACCUACGUCGUCGCCUUGCGGAUCAAGGCGCCGCCCCCCGCGGCCGCCACGCGGAGCGGCCUCGACCCAGCGCGCCGCGCGCCGAUUGACCUCGUCGCGGUGCUCGACACCAGCGGCAGCAUGACCGGCGCCAAGCUGCAGAUGCUGAAGCGCGCCAUGCGCCUGGUCAUCGGCUCGCUCAGCUCGGCCGACCGUCUGUCUCUGGUAGCCUUCUCGGCGGCUCCCCGGCGGCUGCUGCCUCUGAGGAGGAUGACGGCUCAGGGCCAGCGCGCGGCUCGGCGGGUCGUCGACCGUCUCACGUGCGGCCAGGAGAGCGCGGGGGACGCCUUGAGGAAGGCCGCGAAGGUGCUCGAGGACCGGCGAGAAAACCCCGUAGCCAGCAUCAUCUUAUUAUCCGAUGGCCAGGACGAAACGGUCCCUUACAGCGGCGAGAAUCAAAGGCAGGCGUCGAGCCACGUGCCGUCCACGCGCUUCGCCCACGUCGAGAUACCGGUCCACGCCUCCGGGUUCAGCAAGAGCGGCGGCCGCGGCUUCGGUCGCGAGCCAUCGGAGGAUGCCUUCGCGAAGUGCGUCGGCGGCUUGCUGAGCGUGGUGGUGCAGGAUCUGACGAUCAAGCUCGGGUUCGCGUCCGGAUCCGACGCGGCGGAGGUCGCCGCCGUCUACUCGUGCGGCAACGGGCGGCCCGCCUUGCUCGGCUCGGGGGGGUCGGUCCGGCUCGGCGACCUGUACGCCGAGGAGGAGAGGGAGCUGCUCGUGGAGCUGCGGGUGCCGACUUCGACCGUCGGGUCCCACCACGUGAUGACGGUGCGAUGCGGCUACAGGGACCCGGCGACGCACGAGGCCGUCAUCGGGUCGGAGCGGGCGCUCGUGGUUCCACGGCUCCACGCCGUCCGGUCAUCGGACCCGAGGGUGGAGCAGCUCAGGAGCCUCUUCGUCACGACGAGGGCCGUCGCGGAGUCGAGGAGAUUGACGGAGUACGGCGACUACACGAGCGCCUAUCACAUGCUGGCGUCGGCUCGGGCCCUGCUGAUGCAGUCGGGCUCGGAGCCGGCGCAGGAGUUCGUGAGGGAGCUGGAGGCCGAACUGGCGGAGCUGUACUGGAGCAGGCAGCAAGCCCUGGAGAUGCGGCAGAUGAUGCAACGGAGAGGGAGCGAGAGGGCGGAGACGGCGACGGCGACGGCGACGGUCGACGCGAGUGGGGAGCCGCUCACGCCGUCGGCGAAGUCGGUUGGCGCGGCGAUUGGGAAGAAGUCGCUGGGUCGAGUAAGCGACUUGCAUGGCCUUGAAAACGCCAGAUUCUGAAUCCUGAUUUUCUGCUCGACAGUCAAAAGUACAUUUUGGAAGAGAAAAUAGUUUGACACCAAAAAUAGGAAAAAUCAUUAGCUAGCCACAUCCGGACCGUAUAGGCCACAUACGCCUGAUCCGUUGGAUCAUGUUGAUCCCACACGAAGCGACAGAUGUUGUGCACCGGUCUAAAACCAAAACGGGCGCGUGCAGUAACUUCUCGAAAAAUUGGGGGCGUAGUGUAUUGUAUUAGCUGGUAAACAUGUCUUGCGGUUUUGUGAAAUGUCUGGGUUAAAACAUUGACACUUGUUGCUCGUUAGGAGGAGGUUUGACAUUGACGGCCAGGGUUCCAUUUUGAAUUGUGUGAAUUAAGGGACGACGUGUAAAUGAAUUGUUAGUGCAAUGGAAUUUUCUUUUUCCCUUUU